UACUGGUGCCCCGCCAGCAUAUACUGUUAGUCCAGUCCGAUUAUGGUACAGCAGGUAUAAUGAUAAAAAAAUAUUAUGUGCACAAAAGGCCGAAAAAUCCUUUUUUCUGGUCAAUAAUAGUCACGUGAACGAUGUCGUGGGCAGAAACUAGUCCAAGAUAAAGUUAUAGGUAAAAAUCGGGUUAUUGGUAGAUAUGAUCGUAUUUUCGUAUCAGUUCAGACAUUACCACUCGUAUCAACAACAGGCAGUGUAAUAGAGCAAUACGAGUGAUACUGUACGGACCGGAGUGACCAGACUUUGGACUGCGUUUACUAUUAUAAAUAUUCCGCGCCAGAAUGGCGCCGAUGAUGAAAUUACUGUUAUGCGCGUGUUCGACAACCGAGUAGAGCUCGCACUAAAGAAGGAGAAAGCUUCGUGGUGGCCACGGCUCACUGCUCAACCCCAGAAACCAGCCUGGUUGAAGAUAAAUUUCGAUUUGUGGAAAUCAGAGGAGUUACAGGACAGCGACGAGGAGACGCGUGACGUGAUGAGAGACUACCCCGGGAUGUAUGAUAGACUACACAAAGAGGAGAUGGGGUACAGGAAAGAAGAUUGGAGGAAAGUGUACCUCAUCAUAUACAACCUGUUCCAACUGAUUGGGUUCACAUACGUACUGACAGUAAUAUCGGUCCGGUAUUCGAAGCUCGGCUACGACUCGGUCACAGACACAUAUGAGCAUGUUGGCUCAGCUAUAAAGUUCCUCCACUUGAUGCAGAUAUUAGAAAUACUGCAUCCGAUCUUUGGAUAUGUCAAAGGUAGUGCAUUUAUGACGUUUGUCCAAGUGAUGGGCAGAAAUUUUGUCAUAUUUGCAAUGAUUGAAGGAGAACCUCGCAUACAAACAAAACCUGUUAUAUUUUACUUGUAUAUUGUUUGGAGUGCGGUAGAAGUUAUCAGAUACCCAUUCUACAUUACUCAACUUUAUAAAAAAGAGAUCUACCUACUGACAUGGCUUAGAUACUCAAUAUGGUUGCCUUUGUAUCCUCUUGGCGUUCUUUGCGAGUCCGUCAUCAUUGUGAGGAAUAUACCAUACUUCGAGGAAACCCAGAGGUUCACAAUAAGCUUACCAAAUGAAUGGAACUUUGCAUUCCAUUUACCAACAUUCCUUAAAUUAUAUGUCUUCUUAGUGGCCGUUCCUGGUUUAUAUUUUCUAAUGAGUCAUAUGCAAAAGCAAAGAAUGGUUAAGCUAAAACCGAAGAUAAUCAUAAAGAAAUCUAAAUAGGGACAAAUCGUUUAGUUAGAAAAAAAUGAAUGUAAGUAAUAUUACAAAUCGUGGACUCCCACGCAGGUUAUAGAAGUUUCUCUGGGCAUGACGGAUUAAUAGUUAACUAAGAAUUAUGUACAUAUAAAUAAACGUGUCUGCUUAUAAAUUUUCCCCACUAAUAUGUGAACGUUUUUGUACCUUGUAACACUGUAUGCAGAGUAUAUUGGGGUAGUAUAAAAUUAUUUAAAAUUGAUCGUGAUUGAUAAUUGCCAUUGAGUUGCCUAAAUAAAAUAAAGUGUGAAAUUAUAAUAAAAAAUCUACUCUCGCAUUUAUAAUAUAAGUAACAAUAUGCAUAGAUAUGUCAAGGUAGCUGUUUUUUGUAAUAGAUUUUAUACAUUCUCUGCUAUACUGUGCUUUAACUUUCCAUAGAAUGAUUAUGACUGCAGAUUCAUUUUUAAAACAAACCAGUGGUAGGUACUUUAAUAUAGCAAUCAUUUAGUUAUAUUAUUAGUUGUAUGAUCCCAUAAUUAGAUAUUUAAAAAUAUAGUAGAGUUAGGUAAAGCUACUGAACAGUAAUAUAAAAGAAAAUUUAGUAAAUAAUCAUACCUUGACACCAAAAAAUGGAGGAUAAAAGUAUGUAGUCUUAGUUCUAUUUUGUUGUGGUUAAUUUGCAUAUCAAAUAUAUAUUGUAAGAAUUUAUAGAUAAAUUAGUUUUAUAGUAAAAAAUCUUAAUUUUAACUUUGACAAAAUUAGAUAGUAAUCACCCAUCCCUGACCUUAAUUUAAUUUUUUGUCCGCAAUCAAUAUGUUUAAUCGGAUUGGUUGGCAGAUGACAAUACAGAGUGUCUGCAGUGCGUUAAGUGCGCGACUUCUUAUUUAAUCAGGCCGUUAGCCAUAAAUUUAGGAAUAAAAAAUAUAACAAUGAAAAUCUGUCCACAAUAGAAUUUCUGAAAAUGUAACAACAUACAGAUAGAAAAUGCAAUUCAAUUGAGAAUACGUUGACUAAAGUUAUUCAGUGAAGGAAUUUACACAUUCUAUAGCAGCGCUUUUUAAAUUUUUGCAAUGAAAACGUAUUAUGACACUGGGUGUCAUCUAUUUAUUUUUGUUAAAGAAGAAUUGCUACAUGUAGCGCCAUCUGUGUUCUUUUAUUGGUUUCUGCAUAAUAUAUUCAAUAGAAAUAUUGUUUAUUUGUUGCUUAUAAUUUAUUAAUAAAAUACAUAUAAUUAUUUGUUACCUAAAUUGUUAGUUUUGAGAAUUUUAUGUUAGUGCGAAUAAUGCACCAAACAAGCUAAUAAAAUACAUUUUGUAUAAACAUUCCCAAUUUCAAGCAUUUACUGGCAGCAGUAAAAAUUAAUGUAAAUUAAUAAUAGAUUUGUAAAUGACAUUACAGUUAAUUUCAAUUUGAAAGUUGAUCAUGAGACCAUAAACAUACUUCUGUAUUAUUUCAAUAACGAAAUUGUGAUGUUACAAAUUUGCGGCAAAUGUUUUUUUUUUCUAUUUUUAUACAAUAUUAAUUAGGAAGUAUAUAAUAAAAUGUUUUGU